UGUUGAAGUCAAGUCUUAGGUCACAGUGGUGCCUGUUGAGGGCAUGAACGCAGAAAUUGAUCCAAAGAGGAGGUUGAAACCAAGAGGUCGCCCGCAAACUUUCUUUGUGUUGACCCGCCAAAAUCCAUAUAAAAGCUUUAGCUAACUAAUUCAAAUCGGAUGAAAAAAAUGGAUCCCUUAAGAUGGAAUCUCACCGAUCUUCAAAAACCAUAGUAUUUCAUCUCCUUCUCGAUGGAUUAGUCUUAUUCAAUGUUGCAUAAUUUGAAUGCACUGAAACAAGGAUAUCAAGUUCAUCAAAAAAUUAUAGUCCAUGGGUUAGGUUCAGAUGUAUCCAGACUAUGACAAUCUUUCAUUGAUGCAUUACCUAUUCGACAAAAUGCCUGAACCAAAUGUGUUCGGGUGGAUUGCAACUCUUGCGUACCAUUUGAGAAACGGAAUUUAUAUGCAGUCCUUGCAGACCUACUGCUUAAUGCGAUCGCUGGAUGUCAAACCUGAUUCAUAUGCCUUCCCGAAAGUUACGAAGGCGUGUGCUCAAUCUUUGUGUUUAAAGAAAGGAAUUGAAGUUCACACUGAUAUAAUUUAGUUCGAGUGCUGAAAACAUAUCGGAGGUCUGUAUUUCAUUGAUUAAUAUGUAUACAAGAUUCAGAGAUGUUUAAAAUGCUCAUCGGGUUUUUGAUCAAAUGUUACAAUAAGAGUUGUCGACAUGGAAUUCGAUGAUUUCUGACUAUGUUGGUGACAGGUCUGCUGAUCUGGGUAUCGAAUUAUUCCAUUCCAUGAAAUGGAAUAGGUUUGAGCCUGAUUUAAUUUCUUGGAAUACCAUCAUGGAUUCACACUGCAUUGGCACUUUGACAAGGCUCUGAGGAUAUUUGAACAUAAUAAAGAGCCUAAUAUUAUCUUAUGAAUCACCUUAAUGUCUGGUUAUUCAAGAACUGGCAAACAUGAAGUGUCCUUGAGGAUGUUUCAGGGAUAUGAUGUGUGAAGGAGGAGUUUUUCCUUAUCCAUAUCAUCUAUUGCGUCGUGCAGAUUUUUGGGAAUACUGAAAAUGGAUGAGAAAUUCACGCAGAUUAGAAGUCUAGAAAGAGAUGUGUUAUUCUUUUCACCUGAGCCUGCAUUGUCAACCAUGUAUGCUGAAUUAGGAAGGCACUUUAGGCGAUAUGUUUUUGAGUUAAUGGAUAAAUCUGAUGUUGUUACUUGGAAUCCAACGAUUUUCGGCUUCACACAUCUUGAAAUUGGUGAUGCAGCACUUAAAUGUUUUGUGACAGUUGAUUGGAGUUGAGUACAAUGAGAUUACAUUAUCCACUGUUUUACCCGUGUGUGAUCUAAUUCCUGGGAAACAAAUUCAUGCCCACUUCGUGAAAAAUGACUUCAGUUCGGCGGUUGCAGUAUGGAAUGCAUUUAUCAAUGUGUAUUGCAACUGUGGGCUCGUCAAAGAUGCUUGUGCUUUUUUUUACAAAAAUGAGUCACAAGAAUGUUGUAUUAUGGAACACAAUGAUAGGCGCAUAUGGAACUCAUGGCCAUGGAAGAGCUGAUCUUGAGCUUGUACAACCAAUGCAGAACCAAUCAACUAUUUUCCCAAAUUCAGUUACUUUCACAUUUGCACUAACAGCUUAUAACCAUGCAGGUCUUGUUGGACAAGGGUUCCACCUCUUCAAUAGCAUGAAUCAUGAAUUCAGCACUGUUCCCAUAAGAGAUCGCGAUGGAUGUGUCGUGGAUUUGUUUGCUCGUUCUAGAAGAUUCAAGGACGCAAUGGAUGUCAUAAAUAAAACGCCGUUUGAUCCUGGUAGGUGCUGCCUGCCAAGCUCAAGAGCAGCUCUAUAUGUUGAAUAGAUGCUCUGCCUGCCAAGGGGCAUUUUAGCUUCCAGCUCCAGCAUAUAUGUUGAAUAGAUGCCUGCCCACCAAAAUAUCGACAUGGGAAAGAUAGUUGCAGAGCAUCUAUAUUUAGUUUCGAAUCAUCAAACCCUGGGGAUUAUGUGACACUCUCCAACAUAUAUGCCAGAGCUGGGAAAUUUGAUGAUUCCGUAAGUGUGAAAAAGCUAAUGGAAGAGUUGGACUAGUUCUCGCAGAACAUGUGGGACUAUUCUCAAUACAAUUCUGUAUCCUUUUUUAGUGCUCCAAUUAGUUAGUUCUCAAUAAUGUUAUUAUCACCACUAAACUGAGCAAGCAAUUAGUUAGCUAAAAUCGUUAUCAUCUGUCUAUUAUAAAAGAGCUGGUCCUGACUGAAUCCACAAGUGUUGUUUACAAGUAAAAUUUCUGACAAAGCUCUGUAUUGAUUAUAGUCGUGCUAUAUAACACCUGAAUUGAAGUAUUCCAAAUAACAUAUCUUUUCUUUAUGUCAACACAUUUAUGCAGUUGUCUUAUUGGUUGGCCAUGGUUAAACCUAAUCCAAUGAUGCUACGGUUUAGAGUUCUGUUUAGAGUUCGGACCAGAUGAAGAACAGGGUUUUGUUAAAUACUGGAUUUGUACGUACAUACCAGUACAUGAAGAUGAGCUAUAUGUGAGGCUGCAUAUCUCUGCAAAACUUCGUCAAAUGCAGAUCGUUCACAAAUUGUAUCCUUGUAAACACAGUAUACUUGAUUCUUAAUUAAUCACAUCUCUCUCUGUGUGUACUGCAGAAGAGGAGCUAUAUGUGAGGCUGCAUAUCUCUGCAAAACUUCGUCAAAUGCAGAUCGUUCACAAAUUGCACAAGUCAAGUAUAGCAACAGACACAUGUUCAGAUAUCAAUAAAUACUUUGUAUCGGUCCGAGAAUGCAUCUUGCGUUGCGUCUUCGAAUAAGAUUCAGUUGACAAAUGCCAAAAUGACUAUCACGACUAACUAGGAGCGAGUAGUCUCCCCGUUUGAUAUUCAUUGCAUGUCUAUCCAUCUGCACUGGAAUCACAUUUUAACAUGUUUCAGUUUAUAAAUAGACGCUACUCUUUGUCUUUGAUAUGUCAUUCGGUUCAAUUAUUCUAUUUCACAUAUACAGUUAUACAGAAACAUGGAUAAAAGUUCUAGUACUAAGAUUACUAAAAACAUUCCACUUGUUCAUGGAGACAUACUAACUGUUCUAAGCAUUGAUGGAGGAGGAAUUAGAGGCAUCAUUCCGGCAACCAUCUUGGCUUUUCUUGAAGCAAAACUGCAAGAACUAGAUGGAGAGGAUGCAAGAAUAGUAGAUUAUUUUGAUGUGAUAGCUGGAACUAGCACAGGAGGUCUAAUAACAGCCAUGUUAACUGCACCUGAUCGACAUAAACGCCCUCUUUUCAUGGCAAAAGAUGUUACUCCAUUUUACCUUAAGCAUUGCCCCAAAAUAUUUCCUCAAUCAACUAAAUCAAGAGUUGUUUACCCUUUGGUUAAGAUGAUGGGUGCCUUAAUUGGACCUAAGUAUGACGGGAAGUAUCUACUUAAGCUACUUCAGAAAAUUCUUGGGGAUCGAAGACUUAAAGAAACUUUAACUCAAGUCAUUGUACCAACAUUCGAUAUUAAACUACUUCAGCCAGUCAUCUUUUCAUCCUUUGAGGUUCAGACAGAUGUUUCUAAGAAUGCUUUGUUAUCAGAUAUUUGUGUAAGUACUUCAUCGGCGCCAACUUAUUUUCCUGCACAUUAUUUUGAAACCAAGGAUGCAGAAGGGAACGUUCGGGAAUUUCAUCUUGUUGAUGGUGGGGUGGCAGCAAAUAAUCCUGCACUGUUAGCAAUGAAGCCAGUAGGAGAAAAGCCACCAGAGGAACUAGACUUACCAGCUGAACAUGUUUUAGAUUAUAGACGAUUUGUUUGUAUCUCACUAGGAACUGGAAGUUCAAAAAUGGCGAAAAAAUACAACUCGAAAAUGGCUGCAAAGUGGGGAAUGUUUGGUUGGUUACUGAAUAAAGGAGGAUGCCCUUUAGUUGAUUCAUUUAUGUCAGCAAGUGCAGACAUGGUUGAUCUGCACAUGUCUCAUAUUUUUCGAUCAAGUCGAUGCGAGGAUAACUACCUUCGGAUUCAGGAUGACUCACUGAGUGGGGAUGCGUCAUCUACGGAUAAAGCAACAAAAAAGAACUUGGAGAUGCUUGUGAAGAUAGGUGAAAGGCUGUUAAAGAAGCCUGUUUCAAGAGUGAAUCUGGACACUGGUUUGAAUGAAGCAGUUGAGAGUGAAGGGACUAAUGAACAAGCUCUCACUAGAUUUGCAAAAUUACUGUCAGAAGAAAGGAGAAUGAGGAAAGCAAGAUUGGAGGAGAAGAGUUGUGUAUAAUUCCGAUUCUUGAAACAUUGAUCCGGCCGGUUUCACAAGGGAAGCAUUAUGGCAUUACUCUUAGAUUGUACUUUUUGUUAAAGAAUUGUUACCAAAUUUUUACAUUUGCAAUGGUACACGGGUUUUGGACAAUAAAGCAAGCAAGCUAGACUGCUUAUAAGUUAGUUUGUUGCACUAUUAACUAUCCAAGUACUUGUGAUUACGUCUUAAAUCUUGAAUGUGUGCAAAAUUAAGAAAAAAGAAAGUUUCAAUGUUCA